AUAAAUAAGAUAGACAAACAAAAAAUUCGGCGAGGGCGCGAGGUAGCAGAAGCCUAGUGUCGUCGACAUCUCCGUUAAUUCUCCAGUGAACUUUCAAGAACUACUUCCUAAGGUCUGCGUCGUUAGAAGAAAAAGGGGAAUUCAUGAAAUUGAUCUGGUGCAAAGCCAAAAUAUUGACGAACUUGUAGAAACGGAAGUAGAAGAUGAGCAUUGUGCCGAAGGAAACAAUCGAGGUUAUUGCGCAGAGUAUCGGCAUCACUGAUCUCUCCCCCGAUGUUGCCCUCGCUCUCGCCCCCGAUGUCGAGUACCGGGUUCGCGAGAUCAUGCAGGAGGCAAUCAAGUGUAUGCGCCAUUCAAAGCGGACUACUUUGACAGCAGAUGAUGUGGACAGUGCACUUAAUUUAAGAAAUGUAGAACCAAUUUAUGGCUUUGCAUCUGGAGAUCCAUUGCGAUUCAAAAGAGCUAUUGGAAAUAAGGAUUUGUUCUACAUUAAUGACAAGGACGUAGAACUUAAAGACUUGAUUGAAGCACCUUUGCCAAAAGUGCCUCUUGACACUGCUGUUGUUGCUCAUUGGCUAGCUAUUGAAGGAGUACAGCCUGCAAUUCCAGAAAAUGCUCCAGUUGAAGCACUUGCAUUGUCUUCUGAUAGCAAAAAAUCUGAAUACAAGGAGGAUGGACUUCCUGUUGACAUUAAAUUGCCUGUUAAGCAUAUAUUAUCAAGGGAGCUUCAGCUCUACUUUGAUAAAAUUACAGAACUUACUGUGGGUAGGUCUGACACUGCCCUCUUUAAAGAAGCGCUAGUGAGCUUGUCUACAGAUUCAGGACUCCAUCCUUUAGUGCCGUAUUUCACAUAUUUCAUUGCCGAUGAGGUUACACGAAAUUUGAAUGAUUUCUCUCGCCUGUUUGCUUUGAUGCGCGUUGCUCGGAGCCUUCUUCAGAAUCCACAUAUACACAUAGAACCAUAUCUGCACCAAUUGAUGCCAGCUGUAUUAACUUGCCUUGUUGUCAAAAGGUUAGGAAACAGAUUUUCUGACAAUCACUGGGAGCUUAGAAACUUCACAGCAAAGCUAAUUGCUGCAAUAUGCAAGAGAUUUGGGCAUGUUUAUCACAACCUCCAGCCGCGUGUGACGAGGACUCUGCUCCAUGCAUUCUUGGACCCAACAAAGGCUUUGCCUCAACAUUAUGGUGCAGUUCAAGGGCUUGCAGCCCUUGGACCUGGUGUGGUACGUUUGCUUAUACUACCAAAUCUAGAGUCAUAUCUGCAACUUCUUGAGCCUGAAAUGCUACUGGAGAAGCAAAAGAAUGAAGCAAAGAGGCAUGAAGCUUGGCGUGUUUAUGGAGCCCUAGUGAAUGCAGCUGGUUUAUGCAUAUACGAUCAGCUCAAGAUGCUCCCCAGUUUGUUGUCUCCACCAUCCAAUGCCAUCUGGAAGAGUAAUGGAAAAGUUGCGACAACAAUGCCAAACAAACGCAAGACAAGCAUGGACAACUUAGUGCAGCAAACAUCACUGAAGAAAGUCGCAAUGGAUUCCACAGCAGGUGCAAUCCCAAUGAACUCCUUGCCAGUAGACAUGCAAGGAGCAGGCGGUGGGUUUUUGGCAACUGUGGGGGGUUCAGAUGUUAGUGGGAGAAGAGAGAGGGUUGGUGGUCGGGUUCUAAAAAUGUCUGCAGUUCUUGCUCAGGCUUGGAAGGAGAAUAUGGAUGCUGGACAUUUAUUGGCAUCCCUGUUCGAAUAUUUCGGUGAAAGCAUGUUUUGUUUUACACCCACACAUGAAUUGUCAUUAUUCCUGUAAAUAGUUUGGAGAUAAGGGGGUUUUGUUCUGCAACCUCUCUUGAACUCUUGUACUCCUAUUUUUCACUUCAGGCUAAUUCUCAGUUGUAUUAUUCACAUUUUGAGUUCCAAACUUUUGAAUCUGUCAA